AUGACCUUGGUCAGACACUACGCAACACACAAGAGUACGAGAAGUCAGAGAAGAGAGGAGCGACAAAUAUUCGACGAUCAGCCCUCAUAUGGACCGCAUCACAUCGUCGUCUUCUUUGUCACACUUACAACCCUGAUUGGUAUGCUGCUAUAUGUAUUCAGAGACAUGAUCUUUGAACAGAGAUUGUACACGAGGACGAUUGAUGAGCUCCAUCUUGAUCCAAUGAUCGUCGCUGCAUUUGGAAAUGACUUCAAGUCGAUGACAUUCCAUCGUGAUCGCGCCGAAGAGAUCGCCUUGAACAAGGGCAAGAGAAUGGACGAUCCCAAGGACUACAAGAUUAACUUUGCGAUCAUUGGCGAGAAUGGCAAGGGCAUGGUGAGAGUGCGUGUCAAGCGUCUCUCCACCUUCAAGUUUGAGUAUGUCCACAUUCGCGUCCGAUUCAACAACAAGACCAUCUAUGUGGUCGAUGCAGAGAGGAGGCCGCCCAAGAAGAAGACCCUACUCGCCAAGAUACUUGGAAUAUUCAAUUAA